CCUCCGGUUUAAAAGAGUUGGAGAGGCCAGCGCUCCCGCUGCCUGUGCCCAGGAGGAGGAGUCGCGGACCCCAGGCUCUCCUGCUCUCUCGUGACCUAACCCCCGCCUCCAUUCUCGCCAGUUGCUUUGAGUUUGCCGCCCAGGAGGAGGAGGUAAAGGGUGGGCACGGAUUGCAGAGCCCAGAGCGCCAUGCGCCGCGCCAGCCGAGACUACACCAAGUACCUGCGAGGUUCGGAGGAGAUGGGCAACGCCGCCCCUCACGAUGGUCCCCUGCAGCCCGCGCCCCCCCCAGUCCCGCACCAGCCUCCGCCUGCCUCUCGCUCCAUCCUGGUGGCCUUCAUGGUGCUGGGGCUGGGCCAGGUAGUCUGCAGUGUAGCAUUAUUCCUCUAUUUCAAAACUCAGAUGGACCCCAAUAGGAUUUCAGAUGAUGAUACCUGUUGCUUUAUAAAACUUUUCAAACUCCAUGAAAACUCAGAUUUGCAAGAUUCUUCUCUGGAAGGUCAAGAUGGGAAAUUAAUGUCUGAUCCCUGUCGAAGAAUCAAACAAGCCUUUCAAGGAGCAUUGCAGAAGGAGCUAAAGCUCAUGGUUAGAUCAGAGAAUGCAAGAGCAGAAAAAGCUAUGAUGGACUAUCCUUUGUUGGAUUUCCCCAGGAAAAACCAGCCAUUUGCUCAUCUCACCAUUAAUGGCACCAAUAUUCCCUCGGGCUCCAGAAAAGUGAAUCUUUCUUCCUGGUACCAUGACAGAGGUUGGGCAAAUAUAUCAAAUAUGACUUUCAGCAAUGGGAAACUAAGAGUAAACCAAGAUGGCUUCUACUAUCUCUAUGCCAACAUCUGCUUCAGACAUCAUGAAACUUCUGGUAGUCUGGACACAGAAUUUCUUCAGCUGAUGGUCUAUGUCACUAAAACCAACAUGAAAAUCCAAAAUUCGGAUACUUUGAUGAAAGGAGGAAGCACUAAAUAUUGGUCAAAAAAAUCAGAAUUCCACUUUUACUCCAUAAAUGUAGGAGGAUUUUUUAAACUGAGGGCUGGUGAAGAAAUAAGUAUCCAGGUAUCCAACCCAUCAUUAUUGGAUCCUGCUCAAGAUGCAACUUAUUUUGGGGCUUUUAAAGUUCGAGAUAUAGAUUGAGCCACAAGUUUUACUAGUAGUAAUUAUACAUUUCCUAGGAUGUUGUUAAUUUUUAAAAAUAUGUCAGAAAGAUGUUUCAUAGCUGUGUCAGACUACUAGGAGACGUGAACUAGAGCCUUCUGAGGUUACCCUCAGAUGUGUACAUUUGACUGUGUGUACACAUACAAAAGGAGUAUUUGAACUCAAGAUAUAUUCCAACAUACAGGCUUUAUUACACAAUGGUUUAUAUAUUUUGUAAUAAAUUCCUAGAAUUAAACUGGAGUGUGGCAUUUAUGGUUACCUUCAUGAAACACUGCAUUUGGGCUAUGAGAAGGGGCUAUAUUUGACGCCUAGUCUUGUUGCAGUUUCAUGCCAUUAGGAUAGGAUUUUAUCCUAAUUGUAAGAGGGGGAAUAAUAUGAAAGGUUGAGUUCUUUUGAAUUGUUACAUCAUGCUAGAACCUGCAAAUAAUUUUUUUCUAAAGAGGAAAGAAAAAUAUGUAUUUUUAUAUAAUAUCUAAAAUUAUAUUUCAGAUGUAAUGUUUUGUGCAAAAUAUGUAAAUUAUAUUUGUGCUAUAGUAUUUGAUUCAAAAUAUUUAAAAUGUCUUGCUGUUGGCAUAUUUAAUGUUUUAAAUGUACAGACAUAUUUAACUGGUGCACUUUGUUAAUCCCCUGGGGAAAACUUGCAGCUAAAAGAAAGAAAGAUUGUUUGCUCAUAGCAAAUGUAAUAUAUUUCUUUGUUCUUUUUAACUUAAUAGAUUUUUCAGACUUGUCAAGUCUAUGCAAAAAUUAAAUGAAUUCCAUGAAUAACGAGUAGAAUGUUGGUCACCAGGUGCCUUUCAAAUCUAGAAGCUAAUUGACUUUAGGAAGCUGACAUUGCCAAAAAGAAUACAUAAUGGGCCAUUGAAAUCUGUCAAGAAUAUUUAUGUAAUUAUUGAACAGGUGUUUUUCUACAAGUGCUGCAGAUUAUAGAUUUUUGAUUUUUCUUAAGUGUAAAGUUAUCAGAUGCAUAUUGGCCAAAGAAACCAUCUUCAAUUUAAUAGGGAUAAUUUUAUAUUAUACAAUGAAAAUAUUUUCUUUUUCCUUUUGGUAUAAAAAUAAAUUUAUAUUAAAAGAUACUUUUAGAUGCCAUGGUUUCCUGUUAUACUUGUUUUUCUCUGUGAUACUUUUCUCCUCAUUAUACUAUUUUGUAGUUUAUAGCCUCUCCCCAAAUUUUAUUGGGAGAAACGUGGAUUCAAUUAAAAGUAAGGAAUAAAGUCCAUUAAAUUAAUGAACCCUUGAACUCUGAUAAAAUAAAUGAGAGAUUUGCAUGUAUAUUGGUAAUCACUAGUCAAAGAGGCUUUGCAAGUUAAAAAGCGGGAACCUAUACUUAUACUGAAGAAGAAAUAUACUUAACACUAGGUCAAAGUACCCUUGGGAACAAUCAGCCAUUUGCUCAGUGACCUAUGGGAUCACCUGCCAUUUUAAUACUUUUUUUUUUCCAUUGUGGAAAAGGAAGCAAUGAGGGCCUCAUGGACUAGCAUCAUGGGAAUUUGCCUUUGGGAAGCAACUUAAUGUUGGUGGACUAAUUAAAGGCAAAUGAUAUAAGAGAAGGAGCCACCUGAUGAAGAUCGGUUUGUAAUAAUUAUGGUGUAACCUUGGCACUAAAAGACAUGGAGUUCUGUGAUAGUAACAGGAGGGAAAAUAAUAAUCAAAUGCUAUUGUAAGAAAUAUUGAGUAAUACUGAGCCCCAAGUCAUACCUAAAAUAUAUUAAUUCAGGUUUAUUAAAAAAAAAAAAAACUAACCAUGUUAUCCAGAAAAGUCAACAUAGACUCAUAGAAACUAGAAACUUCAAAAUAAGUCUAUGAGGAAGACUGCUCUGUUGAAAGCUACUUGAGGGCAGGAACAUUUUAGUCAUUUUUGUCUUUGCAUCCCUAAUGCCUAGAACAAUACUUAGUACAUAGUAAGUAUGGUAAAUAUGUAGGUAGGUAAAUAUGCAGAUGUAUGUG